UUUCCUCCAAGCAUCCCAGCUCUAAAAAUAUCUGUUAAUUGACCUAUUAUGAGUCCAUAAGUGGAACAAAAACACUUUAAAAAUGCAGGAAAUAGAAAAGGAAAUGAAUACAUCAGUUACAGUCACUGUUGCGUCACCAACCACCAAACCGGAAACGGGCUGUCACUCUAAACGCUGCCGACACUAGGACCCUGUACUAUCUCUGGAGCGGUGAGUAAGUGGGGGAGUUUCCUUUUUUCACUUCGCUGACGUCGCAGUUCUCAUACGUGCCGGAGUGAACGUGAUAGAACAGUACAAGGUGGCAGAGAGAGCGACCACGACAGCAUACAGACCGUUCUGAGCUCAGCGAAGCAGAGCAUCCCUAAGAUCCAACGUUAGAGGACCAUGGGAGGUGUGGUGGUGGACGAGGGACCUGGGGGGGUGAAGGCACCAGACGGGGGGUGGGGCUGGGCUGUGCUGUCCGGCUGUUUCGUCAUCACUGGGUUCUCCUACGCCUUCCCCAAGGCCGUCAGCGUGUUCUUCAAGGAACUGAUCAGAGAGUUCGACGUGGGGUACAGCGACACGGCAUGGAUCUCAUCUAUACUGCUGGCUAUGCUCUACGGCACAGGUCCUCUGUGCAGUGUGUUGGUGAAUCGUUACGGAUGUCGUCCGGUGAUGAUGGUGGGGGGACUUUUUGCCUCUCUGGGGAUGAUUCUGUCUUCCUUCUCCACCAGCAUCAUCCACAUCUACCUGUCUACUGGAGUUAUUACAGGUCUGGGCCUGGCGUUGAACUUCCAGCCAUCUCUGAUCAUGCUGAAUCGCUACUUCAGUGAGAAGAGGCCCCUGGCUAACGGCCUGGCUGCUGCUGGGAGCCCUGUGGCCCUCUGCUGCUUAUCACCUCUGGGACAGCUGUUGCAGUACCAGUACGGUUGGAGAGGAGGCUUCCUCAUCCUCGGAGGGCUCCUGCUCAACUGCUGCGCCUGCGCGGCCCUCAUGAGGCCCCUAGUGGCCCCUCCUAAACCCCCCCAGCGGGAAGACGUAGAGAAGGAGGGAAAAGAGUUGGAGGUAGAGAAGACCCAGUCCAAACCCAAACCUCUCCUGGACUUCAGUGUGUUUAAGGACAGGGGUUUCCUGAUCUACACCAUAGCUGCAUCUAUUAUGGUUCUGGGUCUGUUUGUACCGCCGGUGUUCGUGGUGAGCUAUGCCAAAGAGCUGGGCAACGAAGACACCAAGUCGGCCCUCCUCCUAUCCAUCCUUGGCUUCAUAGACAUCUUCGCCCGGCCCACCUGUGGCAUCAUCGCUGGGCUGAAGUGGGUCAGGCCCAGAGUUGUUUACCUGUUCAGCUUCGCCAUGCUCUUUAAUGGAUGCACUGACCUGGUGGGAUCUCAGGCGAAGGACUACCCGUCUCUGGUGGUGUUCUGUGUGUUCUUCGGGAUCUCCUACGGCAUGGUCGGGGCGCUACAGUUUGAGGUUCUCAUGGCAAUCGUUGGCACGGAGAAAUUCUCCAGCGCUAUAGGACUGGUGUUGCUCAUGGAAGCUAUUGCUGUGCUGGUGGGACCACCUGGAGCAGGUCGGCUGCUGGACGCCACUAAGAACUACAUGUACGUGUUCCUGCUGGCAGGAAUUGAGGUGGUCCUCGCCGCUGUGGUCCUCGCCACGUGUAACUUCCUGUUCAUCAGGAAGAAGCCCUCGGAACCCGCUGCGGAACUGGAGAACGGAACGGUUUCCGCGGAAAUGGAGCUUCUCAACAAGCCUGUUGCCGCUGAGGAAGAGGAGGAGGAAGUAGAGAAGGGGGAGAAAGAGGUGAAGGAGAUGAAGGAGAAAGAGGUGAAGGAGAUGAAGGAGGAGAAAGAGAAAGAGGAGGUGAAGGAGAUGAAGGAGAUGAAGGAGAAAGAGGUGAAGGAGAUGAAGGAGAAAGAGGAGGUGAAGGAGAUGAAGGAGAAAGCGGUUGAGAAAGUAAAGGAGGACGAGGAAGACAGUGAGAAAGAGAAGGAGAUCAGGCCUGAGAGCGUAAUGGUGGUCUCAGAAGAAGUGGAGCGCUUCCUUAAAGAACCAGAAGAACAAAAUGGCGCCUUGCUCUCCAGUUCUGAGACACGUCUGUAGGAGGAAGAGAACCUGGCACAGGACAAACUACAGACUUUACACUUAAACACUGCCAAGGGCACUUUAAAGUGCACACUAAGAAUUGUACUCCGCAGUGUACUUUGAAGGGCACUAAAAAGUGUACUUAGAAGUGGGUCAAGAAAGUGCUUAGAGAAGCAUACUGGGGAAGACACAGCUGGUCCUGGCAGUAUCCUCCUGUAUGUAGUUGAGGUGUUGUUGUGUUGUUAUGUUGUGUAGCUGUUCUCUGUGGGUUGUGUGCCAUAUCAAAAACAAUAACACACACACAAACACACAUACACACACACACAAUCGUGAAGUAAAACUGAUAAAUGUCAAGUGAAUAACCGUGUUAAUAGUGUUGUGCCCUGCCGUGUGAAUUGUGAAGCUACCAGAGUGUAGUGCUGCAGGGCGAUAUGGGAGACACCAUGUUGUUGUCUGUAAUAAUGUAGAAUAAAUACCGUCCUUCCUACCACUGUUACUCUGGAGCACAACAUUAGAAGUGUUCCGGAACUUUAACCAAACCCAGCGUGGAACAUUCCGCUGUCAUUCAACAUUCCGUUGAGUGGCAGAACGAGGAAUGAAUGGAUAGAUAUCUGGCUACUGUCAUGCAUUAACUUUCACUCAGAGCUUUGGCACAGAUCUUUAAAGGUAUAGUGAUGUUGAACGGUUGAAUGUCACUGUGUAACCUUGUAGAGAUUGUAGACUUUAUUAGACUAGGACACACAGAGAGAGAGAGAUGCCAAUGAGAACACCAGACUAGUAUCCCUGGUUACCUCCCUAAUGGCACCCAGACAGAGGUACCCUGUUUCUGUUUGUUUCAGUGUCGUAACAUUAACUACGAUGGCAGAAAUAGGUCACACUGUUUCUAGACUUCACAGUUUAAUCUGUAGAUGCAGUGUGAGUCACAAAUGGAACCCUAUUCCCUAUAUAGUGCACUACUUUUUUACCAGGGCCCAUAGGGCUCCCAUAGGGCUCUGUUCAAAACUAGUGCACUAUAUAGGGAAUAGGGUUCCAUUUGGAACCAGACGUCUGGCAGAACUAGCUGACAGAAACCAUUCAGUCCGGAGAAACCAAUGCAGAUCUAAAAAAACACAGAACUUAAAAAAAAUGUAUUGAUAAAUGUAUUGAUAAAUGUAUUGAUACAUAUAUUGAUAAAUGUAUUGAUAAAUAUAUUGAUAAAUGUAUUGAUACAUGUAUUGAUACAUGUAUUGAUAAAUGUAUUGAUAAAUGUAUCGAUACAUGUAUUGAUAAAUGUAUUGAUACAUGUAUUGAUAAAUGUAUUGAUAGAUGUAUUGAUACUUUAUGCCAGUAUUAGUUAAGGAAGGCUAAUAGCCUCUCUGUUUCAUGAUAAGUUAUAUUUUAUUUAUGUACUUCCUUGUUCACUGCGUGUGUUCUGUUUUCUCAGUGCUCCAUGUUAACUGAUAAAGACGAUGUUGACGUGGAGGUGUGGCUAUUAGUCUACCUUGGAUGCAUCCCAAAUGGCACCAUGUUCCCUAUAUAGUGCACUAGUGUCCCUGGUCAAAAGUUUGUAUGUAUUUAUUUAUUUAACAAGUCGGUUAAGAACAAAUUCUUAUUUACAAUGACGGCCCACACCCGGAUGACGCCGGGCCACCACCCUAUGGGACUCCCAAUCACAGCCGGUUGUGAUACAGCCUGGAAUCGAACCAGGUGUCUGUAGUGACGCCUCUCGCCGCACUGUGACACAGUGCCUUAGACCGUUGCGACACUCAGGAGGGACGAGGGUCCCACUAAGGUGCAUAGUCACUUUAACUCUACCAACAUGUACAUAUUACCUCAAUUACCUCGACUAACCUGUGCCCUCGCACAUUGACUCUGUACCGGAACCCCCUGUAUAUAGCCUCCACACUGUUAUUUUAUUAUUGCUCUUUAAUUAUUUGUUAUUUUUUCUUCAAUUUUGUAUUUAUAAUUUUUUUACUUCACUUUAGUAAAUAAUUUCUUUACACUUAUUUUUCUUAAAACUGUAUUAUUGGUUAAGGGUGUGUAAGUCAGCAUUUCACUGUAAGGUCUACUACACCUGUUGUAUUUGAAGUAUGUGACAAAUACAAUUUGAUUUGGGAUGCAUCACUAGUUUAUCUGUUGGGAGCUACACAACGACACUAAACACCUCAAAGAGUUGGAACUGAAAACACCACAUAAACAACAAGCCAGAAUUUAAAGUCAAGGUUUAUUGUUUUUGUCAGUGGCUCAGUAUAGAUGAUAUGUUUAUAAUCUUAUUCAAGUUUAGAUCCUUAAUAUCUAAUUGGAGUCAGUUCUGAUUAUUUUGUUUAUUUGUCACUUCGGUUACAUCAGAUAGUAGAUGAGACAUGAAGACUGACAGUACCUUAGAAUAUUUCCCAAACUAAUUUUGGUUAUCAGAGCACUUCCAAGCACCACUCUGUAGAACCAUGUGUGUUUCAGUCAUACCUGUUCUGACUUUACACCCUGACUCUGUGGAACCAUGUGUUUCUGUCAUACUUGUUCUGACUAUACACCUUGACUCUGUAGAACCAUGUGUGUUUCAGUCAUACCUGUUCUGACUAUACACCCUGACUCUGUAGAACCAUGUGUGUUUCAGUCAUACUUGUCCUGACCAUACACCCUGACUCUGUAGAACCAUGUGUUUCAGUCAUACUUGUCCUGACCAUACACCUUGACUCUGUGGAACCAUGUGUGUUUCAGUCAUACUUGUCCUGACCAUACACCCUGACUCUGUAGAACCAUGUGUUUCAGUCAUACUUGUCCUGACCAUACACCCUGACUCUGUAGAACCAUGUGUUUCAGUCAUACUUGUCCUGACCAUACACCCUGACUCUGUAGAACCAUGUGUUUCAGUCAUACUUGUCCUGACCAUACACCCUGACUCUGUAGAACCAUGUGUGUUUCAGUCAUACUUGUUCUGACUAUACACCUUGACUCUGUGGAACCAUGUGUUUCAGUCCUCCUUGUCCUGAGUUUACACCCUGACUCUGUAGAACCAUGUGUUUCAGUCAUACUUGUCCUGACCAUACACCUUGACUCUGUGGAACCAUGUGUGUUUCAGUCAUACUUGUCCUGACCAUACACCCUGACUCUGUAGAACCAUGUGUUUCAGUCAUACUUGUCCUGACCAUACACCCUGACUCUGUAGAACCAUGUGUUUCAGUCAUACUUGUCCUGACCAUACACCCUGACUCUGUAGAACCAUGUGUUUCAGUCAUACUUGUCCUGACCAUACACCCUGACUCUGUAGAACCAUGUGUGUUUCAGUCAUACUUGUUCUGACUAUACACCUUGACUCUGUGGAACCAUGUGUUUCAGUCCUCCUUGUCCUGAGUUUACACCCUGACUCUGUGGAACCAUGUGUGUUUCAGUCCUCCUUGUCCUGAGUUUACACCUUGACUCUGUAGAACCAUGUGUUUCAGUCCUCCUUGUCCUGAGUGAUGGAUAAUGACUGAAUAAACUGCCAUGUUCUCGUUCUGGGGUUUUGUUGACUUGCUCCGGUUGAUAUUAAAUAAGGAGAGAGCUGCUCUCGCUACCCUGCC